CAGUCUGACAACACUUCCAAUUCUACUCAGAACAAGCCCUCUCUCCACAGUAGAGCAGUGUAACCUCUUCCAUUAAGAUCAGGCUCUGAUAACUGGAUUACACCCAGCCUGCAGGAUCAAAUUGCAAGUCUUUUGCUGUUCCCCCACCUUGCCUGAGGGGGAGAAUCUCUUUUGCAGACUCUCAGAAAAAUCAAAUUGCAUCUAAGACUAUUUUUUAAAAAAAAUUCCUCAGGAACUGUGCUGGGUCAUGACUAUUGGUUAAAAAUAAAUCUUCAAGGCAGCUUCAAACAGACCCUGAGGGAAAAUAUGGUUUGAGCCUGGAGACAACUGUUAGCUCAAUCCCUUUAAUUUUUAUAUUGAGUAUCAAAAAAUAUUGCUGGCAGAAGAGAAAGAAAAAAAAGAUUUGUCAUUUGGACCGUUACCAGCAUUAGAAGACAAGGACCUCCAGUGGAAGGAUCUCAUUUUAUAUGACAUUUUAAAGUCAAUUUUAAUGAUGGAAAAAAGGGGAAUCCUGGUGUUUCUAAUUCUCUUCACUGUUUUUAAGCCUUUGGUCAUGGCUGAACCAGAAGGAGGACAGAAUUUUUCUGGAGAACCAACUCAGUUGGGUGUUACUCGAAAUAAGAUUAUGACAGCCCAGUAUGAGUGCUACCAAAAAAUCAUGCAAGAACCUAUUCACAGGACAGAAGGACCUUACUGCAAUAGGACCUGGGAUGGCUGGCUGUGUUGGAAUGAUGUUGCUGCAGGGACUGAAUCAAUGCAACAUUGUCCUGACUAUUUUCAGGAUUUUGACCCUUCUGAAAAAGUUACAAAAAUAUGUGACCCAAAUGGAAACUGGUUUAAACACCCAGAGAGUAACAGGACCUGGACAAAUUAUACUCGAUGUAAUAUCCAUACCCACUUGAAAGUACAGACGGCAUUGAAUUUGUUUUAUCUUACCAUCAUUGGACACGGAUUAUCUAUUGCAUCACUGUUGAUUUCUCUUGGAAUAUUCUUUUAUUUCAAGAGUUUGAGCUGCCAGCGGAUCACUCUGCAUAAGAAUUUGUUCUUCUCUUUUGUUUGUAAUUCUAUUGUCACAAUCAUCUGGCUAACUGCUGUGGCCAACAACCAGGCAUUAGUUGCAACCAAUCCUGUGAGUUGCAAAAUAUCCCAGUUUAUUCACCUUUAUCUGUUGGGAUGCAAUUAUUUUUGGAUGCUUUGUGAAGGAAUUUAUCUACAUACACUGAUUGUAGUGGCUGUGUUUGCAGAAAAGCAACACCUGCUGUGGUAUUAUCUUCUUGGCUGGGGAUUCCCACUGAUACCUGCCUGUUUACAUGCUAUUGCAAGAAGUUUAUACUACAAUGACAACUGCUGGAUCAGUUCUGAUACUCAUCUCUUAUACAUCAUUCAUGGUCCAAUUUGUGCGGCUUUAUUGGUGAACCUCUUCUUCCUGUUGAACAUUGUGCGUGUCCUCAUCACCAAAUUAAAAGUCACUCACCAAGCAGAGUCAAAUUUGUACAUGAAAGCAGUAAGAGCAACCCUCAUUCUUGUACCACUGCUUGGAAUUGAAUUUGUACUAAUUCCUUGGAGACCAGGAGGACUAAUUGCUGAAGAAAUAUAUGACUAUAUCAUGCACAUCCUCAUGCAUUACCAGGGUCUUUUGGUCUCCACAAUUUUCUGCUUUUUUAAUGGUGAGGUUCAAGCAGUUUUGAGAAGACAUUGGAAUCAAUAUAGAAUUCAAUUUGGGAGCAGCUUUUCCAAUUCAGAUGCCCUUCGCACAGCUUCUUAUACCGUGUCUUCUAUCAGUGAUGUUCAUGGCUACACUAAUGAGCUUGGUAGUGAACAGUUAAAUGGAAAAAGCUUCCAUGACAUGGAAAAUGUGGUUCUGAAAACAGAAAAUUUCUAUGCUUGAUUACAGAGGAAUUACAAACUUUAUUACCAAUUUUGCACCCUUAUUACUGAAGGAAUUAUAUUCAUGACUCUAUGGCCAGAAGAUUUCUAGCUAACAUGGACUUGUUUCUCUUGAGUGCCACAAAAAUAGCCCAUAAGUACAUUAGCAUAUGUUGGUAAGAGUACAUACAUGCACAUUAAGCUUGAGUCUACCCUUCAGGUCUGGGAGACUGUUCACCAUGUAUAUAUCCUCCCUGUCACGGAGGGCAGAAGAGCGUCUCUGGUGCAUCAGUUUGAUGCAUCAGCAAAUAGUCUGAUCCCUUCCUACAACUGCACAGUGGUCAGAAGAGGAGCUAGUACUUACGCUGCCAGUUGCUCCCAUCCCCAGAAAAAUCAACAGAGCAGAACUGCUAUGCUCACUUGCUGACUCACCUUAGCCCCACUCUGGACCAUGUUCCCUUGAGAUGGCAUGUUAUGCACAGGACUGGCAAUGUGCACAGGACGGGGCUGCAGAGCAUUUAUUGCAGCAAGCAGAGUAUGUGACUUAAUUGUAGACCCUUUUUCCUCUCUCACAAACUAGGUGGAGUGAGUCCGGUCAAUAGAAAGUAUAUGUAAACAGAAACUUUUACUCUUGAGUUUCUACUAUGUAGACAGUCAUCAGCUCAUUCUGUAUGGUGAACUUUGAUGAAGGAUUUCUUAAUUUCUGUGGAGUCUAUAUAAAGCCUUUGUUGUGAAAGUGAUGUCAUAUUUUCAAGAACCUAGCUUGUAAAUAAUUUUAAUGCAUUUUUGUCCAUAAACUUAGAUAGCUUGAUGGUAUAUGCAGGUUAAUUUUUAAUGCAAGAAGUGCCAUGGCUGAUUAUGCUAAAAAAUAAGAGUCUGGAGUACCUAUACUAGGCCAACUCAUUUAGGAAUAUCAUAGAAACACAACUAGAUGCCAGCAUCAGAAUUUUGAUGAUGAGGGAAAGAAAAAAAUUUAUAGUGUAAAAUAAAAAUAUUCUUCACAAAGCAAAACUCCAAUCAAGUGGAAAACCUUAGAAUGAGGUUGGCAUAUUUGGGGGGCAUUUUCUUUUAAAAGUUAUGCCUAAGUAAUGAGUGUUCUAUAUAUGUUUAUUCUAUUUUAAUUACAAAUUAAUAUCUUAACCCUGAAAAGUGACAGAAAAAAUGAAUAAUUUUAGGUCUGUUAAAUACUGUCUUGCUAAGAUAUUUUAUACAUUUAUGAAUUUCAUAUUCAUGGACCACGGCAUUCUAGUGAAUUUGGUUAUGCUGAAAAAAUAAUACAAAAUUUUAAAAAGUAUUCCAUCUAAAGAAAUGAAUAAUACAAUUUGUGUAUCGUUUCAAAUGCUUUGUUUUCUGAACAAAAAGAAUAUUUUGAAUAUAAUUUGAGUUAAAGUACAACAAAUAAAAAAAGUAUAUAUUAGUAGGGAACUACAGUUCACAGAAAACCUACUAGAGUAUUAAGAUGAAGUGAAAGACUUACCCCAAAACUGAUAUACCUCCUGUGUAACAGAACAUUGGCUUCACUAAAGCAAACUCCUGGUUGAUCAUCAGAGGAAUCAAAAUAUGUCUUCUUCAGAACACUUUACUGGUAAAUGGAUAUUUGAACGAGAAUUAUUUGGUGUGAUUGAGAAGUAUACACAGUUGUUAAAAUGUAAUAGCAUAUGACUAAUUAUUUGGCUAUUAUGGUGCUUACCAGUAUUCAUAAUUUCUUAGUCUUCAGUUGUUUCUGAAUACAGAAGGGUUUUUGUUACAAUUAUUAUUGUUGUUGUUUUUAAAUGCUCUAGGAAAAUUUUCUGGUCAGUGAAAAUGAAACAAGUUAGAUAAAUGAACUGGCUAGUAAAUGUAUGAAUUAUAAAUUAUCCAGAUGUUGUGACUAUGCUAAUACCAAGUUGCAUGGAAUUGACAGUAGAUAUCAGAUAAAUAAUGAUAGGCUGUUCUGACCUUCCAACUGGUUAAAGCACAUUAAAAUGGUUUUCUGUUUUUGUUUAA